AUGAAAGGAGAGCAACAAAAACCAAUAUGGACCUGUCUUAUGUUCAACAAUGCUGCAAGACCAAAAGCUUGUUUCACAAUGUGGAUCAUGCUAAAUCAAAGGCUACUGACAGUGGAUAGACUAGCUCAUUGGGGAAUUGAAGUAGAGAAGAUUUGUGUGAUGUGCAAGAAUGAAGAAGAAACUGCAGAGGAUCUGUUUAUACAAUGUAAUUAUGCAAGAAGAAUAUGGGAGAGAUUGUUAAGCUCAAUAGAGAGACAAACUGAAGCUCCAAUGACUUGGGAGCAAUUUGUACAAUGGUGCAUUAUGCAUGGAAAAGGGAAGAGGGCAGCUACACAACUGUUCAAGUUUAUCCUUGCUGAAGGUAUCUAUGGAUUGUGGAUGGAGAGAAAUAAUAGAAUCUUUGAUCAGAAGAGUAGAAAUGAGGAACAACUUGUUAAAGAAAUAGUCUACAUUACUAUUGUUAGAACUCAACAUUUAGCAGUUAAGUAG